AUGCUCCAGGCGAUGCUCGUUGGGCGAGGCGCGCUGCGUGCGAGAAUGACGCGGCAGACACGUAUGCUUGCGACGGCCUCUGGUGGUACGCCGCAGUCUUACAUUGAGAAAGUUGUGCAGAAAUACGCAGUAGAUUGGGACCCGAGUGUGCGGGUCAAGUCGGGCGACUAUGUGUCCAUCCAGCCACAGACGGUGAUGACGCACGACAACACUGGGCCUGUCAUUUCCAAGUUCCGAUCGAUUGGUGCCACGCAAAUCCGCAACCCCGAUCAGGUAGUCUUCACGCUCGAUCACGACGUGCAGAACAAGUCGGACAAGAAUUUGGAGAAAUACAGCCGCAUCGAGGCGUUUGCGCGCGAAAAAGGCAUCGACUUUUAUCCGGCGGGCCGUGGAAUUGGCCAUCAGGUGCUUGUUGAGGAGGGUUACGCGUUUCCGCAGUCGCUUGUCGUUGCAUCCGACAGUCAUUCGAACAUGUAUGGCGGCGUCGGCGCUGUUGGGACGCCCAUCGUGCGUACGGACGCAGCGGCGAUCUGGGCUACGGGUAAGACAUGGUGGCAGAUUCCCCCCAUGGUCAAGGUCGAGCUCACUGGUGCACUCCGCCAUGGAGUGACGGGCAAAGACGUCAUUGUGGCAUUGUGUGGCUACUUUAACAAAGACGAGGUGCUCAACUCCGCGAUCGAGUUUGUCGGCAAUGGCGUCAAAGAGCUCGGUGUUGACGACCGCCUUUCCAUCAGCAACAUGACCACGGAAUGGGGCGCACUUGCGGGUGUAUUCCCCGUGGACGACACAACUUUGGCAUGGUACGAGCAGCUGCUUCGCCGCAUGGACCGUCUCAGCUUCCAAGUCGGCUCUUCCCCACGCCCUUCCGAUACCCACGCGAGGCUCAACUGGAAGCGCUUGGAGGAAUUGGAGGCGGACCGGUUUGCUGCCGAUCCAGGCGCCCAGUAUACCAAACACCUCCAGUUCGAUCUCUCGACUCUCUCGCCGCACGUCUCUGGGCCGAACAGUGUCAAGGUCUCCACGCCCCUCUCUGAGCUUGAGCAGCAGAAUAUCCAGAUCAACAAGGCGUACCUCGUCUCCUGUGUCAACUCACGUGCGUCCGACAUUGCGUCUGCAGCGUCGGUGCUGCGCGGCCGCAAAGUUGCGCCCGGCGUUGAGUUUUACCUAGGCGCCGCGUCGAGCAUUGCACAACGCGAGGCCGAGCAGUCCGGCGAUUGGGAUGCGCUUAUUGCUGCCGGCGCACACCCUUUGCCCGCAGGUUGUGGCCCUUGUAUCGGGCUUGGCGUGGGUCUCCUAGAAGACGGCGAGGUGGGCAUUUCCGCAACAAACCGCAACUACAAGGGCCGCAUGGGCAGCCCGAACGCGCUCGCAUACCUCGCGUCGCCUGCCGUUGUCGCAGCCAGUGCCGCACGAGGCAGUAUAUGCUCGCCGGAUAACCUAGAGUCCCCUACGGGGCCCGCGCAUCCCUCGCUGCGCAUCGUCGAGACGCCCCAAGCAAGCAAACCGGCGGCGAGCGAAGCGCCCGCGGCGCCUGCCGCUGCGUUGGAUCCCAUGUUUCCAGCAUCCUUUUGUGGCCCGGUCAUUUUUGCACCGCAGGACAACUUGAACACGGAUGCGCUGUACCCUGGAAAGUAUACGUACCAGGACGACAUCACCCCCGAGAGGCAGGCUGAAGUGGUGAUGGAGAACUAUGACCCUGGCUUUGCAAGCGUCGUUGCGGAAGAGCGCAAGCGCUUUCCUGCAGAUGCGCCCAAGGACACGCGUUUCGGCGUCGUGCUCGUCGGUGGCUACAAUUUCGGUACGGGCUCCUCGCGCGAACAGGCGGCGACGGCGCUGAAAUAUGCGGGCGUGCCUGUUGUGCUUGCGGGCUCGUUCAGCGACGUGUUUAAGCGCAAUGCUAUCAACAACGGACUUAUCUGUCUGCAGUGUGCUGAACUGGUCGAGGACCUCACAAAGGAGUAUGGGCGCGACGGCGCGCGUGGAAACGGAGGCAAACGCCCCGGCGAGCUUUGCGUGUUGCUCGACGGUGCCGACUUGCGCCUCGAUUCGCGCACCGGAGUGGCGGAGCUUACGUAUCCCGAUGGCCGGCAAGCACGAUACACUACCGUACCUGCUGGUAUUGGCCGUUCUAUCCAAGAAAUCUAUGUCGCUGGCGGCAUGGAAAGCUGGGUGCGAGCGCGUUUGUAG